AUGGAUGGAACGUUCUUCCAGAAGGAUUUGGCUCCAUUUGUAAAAUAUUCCCUCAAUAAAAAGAGACGUUGGGAGACCAAAGGAGAUUUGAAUAGUCUUAAAAAUCUUCAAAGUUCGUAUCGUGAUAUGAAUGUUGUUGUUAGCGAUCGUGUUUGGCUUGACAUGGAUCCUUAUUGGUGCUUCAUUUCUCAUAUCAACUAUUAUCACAAUUAUUUCCUCCAAUUCCCAAUUCGUCAUACUUAUCAACUUGAUACUGAUAACAAUUACCGGUGCCUCUCUUCUGAUUCUGUAUACGGGCAACCUCUCAAAAGUCUCCUUCCCGAAAAUCGAUCUCCAAAAAAAUCCGAUACACUUCAAUCAGCUACUUUCGAUAUGCCAAAAGUUGCUUAUCACAUUUUGACUCCUCCAGAAAAUUAUGAAAAAUUGAGAAACGAAGAUUUCUGUCCUGGAAGCAGUGAUCGUUUUCUGAAACAUCGUUCCAUCAAACAUUGGAGAAGAUGCAAGAAAAUGACCGAGGCUCUUUUAGCAAUCCGUUAUGAGGACUUUGAUUAUUUGAAUGAUCCAAUUUAUUUCAUCGAUAAUGAAUGGGACAUUGAUUUUGGAACUCCUAGUAAAUUGUGA